GUAACAUUAGUAUCUCUUUAAAGCAACAUCUAAAAAGCUGAUGAGAUGGUGUAGACAUGGAAGAAAACGAUAUCGCACUAAAAGGUGCGGGUAAGAGAAAAAUAAAUCACGAUGUUGACUCAAAUUAUCUAAUAUGGAAAAGCGAGGUAUACGAAGAGAAUUAUUUUAAAAGAACUAACAAAUCUGGAUAUAAAUACUAUGAUACAUCUGGGAUUUUUAAGUGUUUGUUUUAUAACUGGGUUACCAACUGGACAUACUCGUUAUCAAAGUCAUAUAUUGAGCCAUAUAAACUACACCCGUUGCCCAUUAACGACCAGAUACUCUAUUGGCAGCCAAUUUUCUCUAAACAUGUUAGUGAUGGAAUUGUAAGACUAGAAUCAAACGGGUAUUUUGACCCGAAUGGUAAAAGCUAUGGCAAACAGAUAAAUUCGGUUUUAAUGCGUGCACUCUUUCUAACAUUCUGGAAAAGAACAUUGGUCGUACUCCUCUCGGUUAUAACUACAAAUAUUCUGAGUAUGAGUAUCUCAAUCCUCGUAAAAUUUCUUUUAAAAAAUUUUAAUAAAAAAACACUCACCCACUUAGAAAUAUACUUGACGCUGUUGGCAAUUACUUCAGUUCAAAUCGCCGACGGGUUGCUGACCGAGUUUUUCAAUUAUUAUCUAAUUAGAUGGAGAAUUGUAUGGGACUACUGCGUGCUGAUUACAGUAUUCCAACACGGCCUCUGCUACAGAAAAAAGUUCUUCAAUAACGUCGAGGGAACUAAUGUUUUAAAUGUUUGUAAUAGCGUUUUGCACAGUUGUUCUCCUGACUCCAAAUGCUCUGAAAACCCCUUAUACUGCCCAGCUAGGAGGUUUCAAAAUAGGGAAAUGAAUGCCAGGAUGUUCUCGUUCAUGAUGUAUGACGCGUUCCAUGUGGCCCUGUUCUCUGAAUCGAUAGUGUAUGUUUUCAAUUUCCUCUCGAACUUUGUAUAUGGAGCGAUUUUGAUUUCUAGACAGAUUAAAAUUAAUCUUUGGCUGUUGUAUUUAAUAGGGCUGAUUAUUAUAUUCUUAAUGGUCGUAGUUGAAAUUACAAACGCGUUUUUACUAAAGUUUUAUUAUCAAAUUAAGGACUAUAGGAUUGGAGAAUUUGUCGAAAUUGUGUCGGAAUUGAGUAUAAUCAAAAAAUUGCUAUACGACGAUAUCGCAACUAACAUUAUCACGGAGCGUAGGAAUAAAGAACUCUCAUUUAUCUUAAUAAGAUUGUUUUUGUCAUUUCUUAAUAAAUCAUUAUGCGUAGUGUGCAAUAACUUAUCCUUUUUCAUUUUGAUAAAGUAUUUUGUAAAAACAGUUAGAAACGCAAAAGAUAUCACGGAAAUUGAUACUGAGGGAUUUCUGUCAACAUUUUACAUUCUCUUCAGGAUCAUAAAUUCGAUGUUUCUGUUCCCACAUUUCCUCAAAUCUUUCGCUUUGUUCUAUGCAUCGUAUAGGAGAAUUGCUAGUUUUUUGAAUAAAUGCUCACCCAAUUUUUACAUCAGCGAUAACAAGUUCACUGGAUCCGCUGAGAUGUCCUAUGAAGUCCCAGCUGUGACUAACCAGAUUGAUAAGGACGUUGUUGUACUAUAUAAGGACGCUUCAUUUUCAUGGGUUAAUAACAGAAGUGACCUUGCCAACAUGAAUAAUGAGGUUUAUCUGAAGAAUGUGAACUUUCAGCUUAGGAGAGGUGAAAUCGCAAUAAUUACAGGCCCUCACGGUUGUGGGAAAUCUAACUUCAUCAAAUCAGUUCUCGGUGAGAUGACAUUGAUUGAUGGUUCAAUGGCAGUAGUUCCCCUCCACACAUCAAUGCCAAUAUUUUACGCUUCACAGGAAAUAUGGCUACAACAGGGAACCAUCAGAUCAAAUAUAACCUUUGGACACAGAUUCGAUGAAGAGAUAUAUAACGCAGUAAUCAAGGCACUAGAGCUUGAGUCUGACAUUUCAAUGUGGGAAGACAAAGACCUGAGAGUUGUGUCGGACAAAGCACAUUCUCUUAGUUGCGGUCAGAGAGUUAGAAUGGAAAUGGCUCGCGCUAUCUAUGCCUAUCUCGUGUUCAGUAAAGUUAACAAGCAGUAUAACAAUGGAGAAUGCUCGUUCCUGAUGUGCCUGGAUUCACAGUUCCAUGGAUUAGAUCCCUACGUAUCGAGAACAGUAUUCUACAACCUCUUCAAUUCCGAGUCUGGACUUCUGGUUAAGGAUGAUCUCUCCCUCGUCAUGUCAUCCUCACUGCUGGUAUUUGAUAAGUGUAUUAGAGCUUCAGACCUGGACAAGUUCCCGAAUAUCCCGAUAUACGAAAUCAGUGAUAAAUUCCUCGUGUUCUAUUGCUACUUGUCGGACGUUUUCAGUGACAAGAAAACAGACAUGGAGGUUAAAAAGGUUCCGUCCUCAAGUCACCCGCACCGAAUGAACUUCUUCAACAAGGAUAUGAUGAAACUGUGCUAUUCAGAUGCUAAUACCAAGGUUGGAAGAGCAGCAGUCACAAAAUUCAAAUAUAAACAGUCCUUUAACGAAAUAGUUAAAAACGAAUACCAAGGUCAUAAAUUCAACCCAUAUUCUCUUUAUUUAAAUGCAGCUAAAUUCACAUUUGCAAUUUUUAUUAUAGUCAUUUUUGGCUCGAGCCUUAUGGAUAACGUCAAGUUUGUCAUCUCUACAAACCUCUCGGACUUCAUUAAUAAAAACUCAAAGGAGUUCAAGGAAGGGUUCACUGUAGAUUUGGAGCAAAUCAAGUCUAGGGCCGACUCCACUCUAAGGAUCAUUACCACAGUUGUGUCCUUCAUCAUCUCGUCAUCACUUGUAUCCAGCGUUCUAUUCGCGAUAUCAAGUAUAGUUGCAUCAAGAAGGAUUCAUGAAUAUUGCGUAAGCUCUGUUUUCAAGAACAGUUCAACGAUCAUUAAGAUAAAGAAGCAAAUACACCAAGUUAUAACUUACAUUUCAGCUGACAUUUACUUCGUUGAUGAGUAUGUGGCGGAAAUGAUGUCAACGGCACUUUUGUCAAUAAUCCAGACCUUUGUGUCAAUAGGGAUACUGUUUUACACAAUGCCGCUGUCAAUUCCCCUGAUCACUCUCGCAAUAGUGUUAGUGUUUGAGCUGAUCGUGUCGAAAUAUAUAAUCGCAGCCACAAAUAUUCAGGUCGCAAGACUGGAAACGAUGGCCCACAUUAACACAGACUGUGAAAACGCCAUAUUAUCGUCACCAAUUUACAGAAGCUUCAAGAAGGAGUGGGAAUUGGUUAAUGACAUUUUCGAGAACGUAGAUUAUAAAGCUAGAUGCAGGUUCCUAAUCAGGUGCAUUUCAACGUGGGCCUCAGUGUUGUUUAACUGGAUAUUUUCAAUCACAACAGCACUGUUCCUGGCAGUAAUGAUAAUAUUUGACAAAUUUACAAACUAUGAAAUGGUCGUCGGUUACUUUGGGCUAGGUCUGUCACUGAGCAUGAGCGCAAUUAAAUCUUUCAGCAACUUUAAAUUCUGUUUUGCAAAUUUGCAGGUUUUCCUGUGCUCAGUUAGGAGGUUUCAGCUAUUCAUUCCUCCAGGCACCAAGUGUGUGUUUGACAGGUUCCAUAAUAUUCACGAAGAGGACCUUGUCGUCAAUUCUGCCAAGCCCAAUUUGCAAAUAGAUAAAAAGAAGUUGUUAAGACGGAGGAAACAUGAGUUCAGAGAUACAAACCCCAACAUCUUAAAGAGGCUCUUCUUCAGCCCAAAGAUCAACGUUAUAGAUAUUGGCAAAUAUCUCCCAUCUGAACACUAUGGAGUAGUGUUGAAGGACGUCUGCGUAUACACAACUUCACAGAUGAAUAAUGAAGGUAUUAUCCUGAACAAUGUAACAGCCUCGGGUCAACCCUCACAUAUCAUUGGUAUCAUUGGUAGAACAGGUGCUGGUAAAACUACUUUAUUGUCAGUUCUGCAGAACACUGUUAGGAAUAGAACGGGUCAAGUCCUGUUGGAUGGUAGAGAUUUACAAGAGAUUCCCAAAAGUGUCAUCAGGCACAUUAUCGGUGUUCUUCCUCAACUACCAUUUGUUUUCAAGGGUUGGACCAUUCGUAGGUUCUUAGAUCCUAGGAAAUUAUUCACUGAUGAUGAGAUUAACCAAGCCCUGGAUAACUGUGGUCUCCUCGAGUUUGUUAAUCGCCUACCUGGUAACUUAAAGCUGGACACUGUUAUUAUCAAGGAAUCCUUCAAUUUUAAUAAACUCAAGUCAGAUAAUACAAACGGUAAGAAAAUAGUUGAUGACAGGAAGGAGUUUCGUGAUGAAGAGUCCUUAACAAUGGGUGAAAUACAGCCAGAAGAUAUCAUGUUAUCCAUAAGUCAGCUUAGAACCCUCUGGUUUGCAAAGCUUGUACUACACAAAAAUCUAUACAGAAUGAUAAUAAUUGAUGAGCCGCCUUCCGAUAACAUUUCAAACGAAGAUGAUGAAAAUAAUACAAAUUACAUUGGUAUUCCGAUUUAUGAACUGCUGGAUAAGUAUUUCAAACAUUGUACCUGCUUUGUAACUGCACACUACGCCAACGUCCUGAAAUCUUGCACAUCAGUCUGGGUUAUGCAUCACGGCAGGCUAAUCAAGAGCUGCAGUGCCUCAGAUGUAUCAAAAAAUGAUUCAAUCUCAAAUAUCAUCGAAGAAAUGGUCACAAAGUACUCAAACAACUAACCUCAAUGCAGUACCACAAUCAACUAAUGUAGUCCCACGUAAA